AUGGUAAGUAGAUCCGAAAAUUUUAUUUUUUUUUUGUAACGUAACAUUUUAUCGGGCUUGUUAUCACCGUUUCUCACUCCUCUAAUUUCAGGCUGCUGUUCUAUUUUUCCCCCUGGAAAGCACUCCCCGUGGUUGCGGCGACUUCAAGACAUGCCCGGAUGGGGCCCGUUGUUAUCGAGCGUAUGAGUAAGUUUUUCUCCUUUGCUUUUGUGAUUUUUUUUUUUGCAUUUUUAUCUUUUUGGCCGUAAAUUUAUUUUUUGGAUAUGAAAAUAGUGAAUUUUAUAUGUUUUGGGUAAAUUUUGUCCGAAAAAUGUCGAAAAUUGGCCUUUAUCUGUAACAAAACAUGAGUUAUUCCCCUAUUUUUUUUUGAUAACAAAUUUCCAUGUAUAAUAUCGGUGUUUUAACUGACCUGAUUUUUAGCUCGCCUGACGCUUUCUCCUGCUUCCCGGUCGGAAUGGAUCCAACUUCGACUGGCAUUCUCGAGGGCUUGGCGCCAUGCAAUUGUCUCUCCGCCUUUUGGAUUGGACUGCUCGUUGUCCUGGCCGUUCUGUUCGGUAUCAUCUUGGGAUGUGGUGGCUUUUGGAGUUGCCGCUGGUAUAAGAAGUACCGUGCUGCCAAGAAGAUCGACCAAGUGGAGGUGGCUGAUGACCCUGAGCCGACGUUGUUGUUCUGA